AUGGCAGACGAGCCUCUGCCAAACCCCUUAAUCGCCCAGAACAAAGAAAUUAACUUACCCAAGAACGGGAAUUCAAACUCGAAAACAAAAUUUAACCGCGUCAGUAACGAAGAUAAAAAUAACAAGUACGUCAACUCUCCCAAAAGCUCUAUCCCUUGCCCCUUUCUAUCCGGGCGAGGAUGGUGCGCUAAAGGGAACCGUUGUGAUUUUCAGCAUAAAGAGCCUGGUCGUGACAAACACAAAAUAUCCUGUGCUUUUCUACGAAGGAAUGGUUUUUGUUUGAAAUGGGAUCGAUGUGAUUAUUCUCAUAUCGGUUUUUCUCAUGGUAUAGUGGCUCCCAGACCCAGGAUGAACGCCACUGCUUAUCCAAGUUCUUCCCUACAUACCCCUAUCUAUCAAUGUGCUCCCCCUUUUCAACCAGAUACGAGACACAACACAAGGUCACCUUUUUUGUCCCAUUCCCCCUGGCCUAUGAUUUCUCCUUUCCCCCUCCCCCCACUGAUGAAUGCUCUUACUUGGCCCCCGCUGACAUACUGAACAUCCACGAUCAUAAACCCAUGACAUAUCCCCCUUUAUCAGGAAAACCUACAAAACAUAACGGUUAGAAUCACAAACAGAAGUUUUAACAAAUCUUAUGAAAUACCCUCAACAACACACGGUAAUUUAAUUACUGUCUCAUUUAAAACCCAAAAUGAGAACAAAAAGACGUUCGUGCCCAACAUUUUACUCACAAACACCAUGUCACUCACCCCUAAAAUUGACGAAGUCUCUUGUUUUAUGAAAAUUCACAAUCCAGACGCUGCUUGUAUCACCGAAACUUGGCUCCAUGGAUCAAUCGACGAAUCGUGUCUUUAUGUAGAUGGAUAUAAUUUCAUCUUCAAAAACCGUUCAGUGGGCUGUCAUGGAGAUGUGGGUUUAUAUAUUAAGAACUCAAUAUCCUUUGAAUGUUUAGACCAUCUACAGCAUCCCUUGUUAGAGGUUCUCUGGGUACGUCUUAGUCCCAAAAGAUUACCCCGUGGAUUUACCUGUCUUGUAAUUGGCGUAAUAUACCACUCACCACGCGCCGAUGAUCAUGAAAUGCUCAGUUACCUUUCAAUAUCACUUACCACCAUUGAAAGCGAUUAUCCAGGCUGUGGUCUAUCUAAUGUUAGCAGGAGACUUCAACCAAUUAAAAGUUAACCGUCUACUGAACCAGUUUCAAUGCAAACAAAUGGUCAAUGUUUCUACCAGAGCUGACAAGACCCUUGAUCUAAUUAUUACCAACUUAAACUCGUUUUACGCUAAAGACUCUGUAGAGAAACAUCCUUCCUUUGGCCUCUCAGAUCACAAUGUGGUCAUUCUAAACCCUAAAAACAGAUGCGAUAAAUCAGGUAGCCGAAAGGUCGUCAUAAGUAAAGACAUGCGUCCCAGUAAAAAGAGCGAACUCGGAAGAUACCUAACCUCCUGUAAUUGGUCCAUCCCAAAUCACCUCGAAACCUGUGAAGAAAAACUUGAGCUUUUCACUGAUCUUAUUAACCUGGGUAUCAAUAUCCUAAUGCCCAAAAGAAGAAUAACACUACAUGUGAAUGAUCCCCCUUGGAUCACAGCUAAUUUUAAGAUUCUUAUAAAAAAACGCCAAGCAGCAUUUUCUAAAGGCAAUAACGAACUGUUUAGGUAUUACCGCAACCGAGUUAAUCGCGAAAGAAAAAAAUGCCGUGAAAAGUUUUAUUUGUUGAAGGUUGAACAUCUAAAAAAAGUCAAAACCAGGUCGUUGGUGGAAAGAAGUAAAACAGAUUGCUGGUAUGACCCCCUCAACGGGAGCGGAAGAUCUAUAUAACCAAAUUCACAUUGACGAUAUUGACCGGAAGUCUCCAAAUGAGAUUGCAAAUCUCAUAAACACAGCCUUCCUAGACCCCAUGAAAACUUACCAACCUCUUACUUCUCUUCCCUCCUACGAUCCAAAUGACUCUGUCCUCCAUCUCGACGAAUUUGAUGUGUAUAAAGGGCUUGCGUUCCUUAAUCCCAGAAAAGCCUCAGGCCCAGACGGUGUUCCGAAUUGGGUGUUAAGCGAAUAUGCAGAAGUCCUCGCCCAGCCUGUCAGUUCAAUUCUCAAUAGCAGUUUUAAUGAACAACGACUCCCUGCCUCGUGGAAAGCAGCUGAUGUUGUUCCAAUCAUAAAAACGAAACCGGUAACCAAAAUUUGUAAACAUUUAAGACCAAUAUCCCUCACCCCAGCCCUUUCUAAAGUAGCAGAAGAAUUCGUUGAUUCUAAAUACAUUGGGCCAGCUAUUCUGUGUCAAAUCGACCCCAACCAAUUUGGAGUGAUAUGAAAAUCCUCUACAUCUAUGGCAGCGAUAUCAAUGAUCCACAAUUGGCCCAAUCAACUGAUGGCACUGGCGCAGCAGUCAGAGUAGCCCUGUUCGACUAUAAAAAAGCUUUUGACCUUAUUGACCAUUGUAUACUCGCUGAUAAGAUCUCCAGAUUACCAAUUCCGAAGGCAGUCGUACGCUGGACUAUUGAUUUUCUAUUGGACAGAAAAGAAAGAGUUAAACUCGCAACCGACUGCGUUUCAGAGUGGGGUGCUGUCCCGGCUGGUGUCCCUCAAGGCACGAAACUUGGGCCAUGGCUUUUUCUAUGGAUGAUCAAUGAUCUUAAAAUCACUGAAGUAUCUACUUGGAAGUAUGUCGAUGAUACAACCGUUUCUGAGGUUGUUAAAAAAGGCGAUACCAGCAAAACCCAAGACGCUGUUACCACAGUAGAAAACUGGUCGAAUUCCAACAGACUACUUCUUAAUGCAGAUAAAUGUAAUGAACUCCAAAUCGACUUUAAAUCCACGAAACAGAACUUCGACCCUCUUACAGUCUACGGGAAGAAAUUGCCGGUUGUCCAAAACGCUAAAAUUCUAGGCCUCACCAUCUCUAGUAACCUUAAUUUAAAUGGACUAACCACAUUAACGAAGUCAUCAAAAAAGCUAACAAACGUCUUUACUUCAUUAUCUUACUUAAGCGCGCAAAAGUCAGUUCGAAAGACAUUGUAAACUUCUACUGUACAGUUAUCAGGCCCAUUUUGGAAUAUUGUCCCCCGGUUUUCCAUUACUCAAUCCCAUCCUUCCUGUCAGAAGAUCUUGAGACCGUACAAAAGCGAGCACUGAAGAUCAUUUUACCCGCGAACUCAUAUAGCGAAACUUUAGAAUAUUUCAAUCUUCAAACUUUGUUCCAAAGACGCGAAGAAAUGUGUAACAAACUUUUUACAAAUAUUACUAACAAUACGACACACAAACUGCAUAAUUUACUGCCUCCCAAACAUGAGUCGGUUUACCAACUUAGGAACAAUAGACUGUUUGAACGAUUCGAAAACUAAUACAAAAAGAUUUAAAAAAACUUUUAUUCCUAUGUCUAGUAACUUAAGUUAAUGUAAUUUUUAGUACUAAGCGUUUUAAUGACCAUUUGUAAAUAUGCCUAAUUAACCCAUAUUCUAUCUUUUAAAUAAUGUUUUAUAUACUCUUGUAAAUCACGCAAUUUAGCUGUCCAGCUGCAAGGUGAAUUUUAAAUACAUUAUCUAUCUAUCUAUCUAUCUAUCUAUCUAUCUAAAAGCCAAAUUACUUUUUAAAGCCCUCCUUUACACUCGCCACGCACCCUUGCCCUCACGUGACGUCAAUACGUCAUAUGAAACCCUUGAUUGAAUAAAUUAAUAUAUUUUAGAUGUAACUAGUUUAAAAACAAACAUCAUCGCUCAAUUCAGAGAACCAACGUAUGAGGUUUGCGGCCUUAAUUGCGCAGAACACCGUUUCUGUGUUGCAUUCAACUACAAAGAGAAUUCUGAGGGGAAUAAAUGGAACUGUCAGUUAACAAAUACGACUCAACAUAAAUUUGAUAAUAAUGCCAACAAUAAAAAGAGAGUUUGGACGUUCGUCAAAGAUAAUGUAGACCGAAGUCAGGUGGUAAGCAAUUACAAAUACCUUUUACUAAAUUUGUGGACAAAGGGUAUACCUCCCAUUAAGCUAGGUUUACACGCUAGGAUUAAUCGUGUACGAUUAGAGUGCUGGCGCCAUAAUUUAAUGCCGUUUCGUUAAAAAGAAAUUUCGAAUGUAGCCAGCUUUUGGUCAGCUUACGCGUGUUUACUCAAUGACCUACGCCAGAGAACGAAUCGUACACGAUUAAUCGCAGCGUGUAAACGUAGCUUUAAUACCAGAAUCGAUCCAUGUCUAUUCUUCCUUUACGCAUAUAUAUAUAUAUAUAUAUAUAUAUAUAUAUAUAUAUAUAUAUAUAUAUAUAUAUAUAUAUAUAUAUAUAUAUAUAUAUAUAUAUAUAUAUAUAUAUAUAUAUAUAUAUAUAUAUAUAUAUAUAUAUAUAUAUAUGUAUAUAUAUAUAUAUAUAUAUAUAUAUAUAUCGAAACCGUAAAAGGUCUGGUAAAUUAUUUGAAAAUUUCUAGUAGAUCUAUGUAGCCAUUUUUCAAAGUUGGACAUGACGAGGUUUUGAAUAUGCGGUCUUAUUUUUUUUACAUGCAAGUUCACACAAAAUUGUAUGCGCGUUAAUUGCUUGACCGAAAUGCUGAGCAGACAAAUGAAUUGAAUUAUAUGCGCGCUGCUUUACCUAAAUGCGGAGCAGACAAAUAACAAUAGGGAGAUUUUGGCGUUUGACAUGCAACUAAAAGGGAAUCAGUAUACCGAAUUGUUGGUUUAAAUACGAAUCUACUGUUUAAAAAAAAUGUAUCCGUAUUUAAAUUUUGUCGGUCUCUAAAAUAGACAUCAUGCAGUAUUUUUGCAUGUGAAGAUGUAUAUAAUCAACUAUUUUGCAGGCAUCGUGCAGAGGAGAAGUGAAUGAAUGUCACAAUGGUGGAACAAUGAUCUGGGAUCCAGAGAAACCUUUCAACUGUCUAUGUAAGAAGGGAUACGAAGGAAAAAUCUGUGACAAAGGUAAUUAUAAUAAUAUUAAUUAAUAUGAAGGCAUGCAUAUGGGAUUUGAAGGUAUACAUUUGGAAAUGGAAAUAUUAGGCCACUGGCACGAAUCGAACCAGCGCUGCAAAAAAAUCUGUAGAGGAAACUAGUAGGCGUUAAUGGGUUAAGAAGUCGAUCUGCUUAUUUUUCAAAGGGGUUUUUUAACAAGCUUCCCACCGCUGGGGCUUCGGCUCUACAGCGAAUAAUACAAGGCGCUGGGGCUUGGGCUCUACAGCGAAUAAUAAUUUUAAUUUCCUCGCUUGCACGUCAGCAGCGAAAAUAACGAUAUUGAUAAUUAUCCGGGGUUUGUCAAAACCAAUCACGAACCAAGAAUACAUACAUACAAACUUUAUUUAUUCACGCUAGCAUCAACAACAUUACAAGCUGAUUUUCAUGAGGGGCGUGAUUAAGAACUAUUUACAGGAUAAAACACAUUAGCAAGAAAUGAAUAAUAGCACAGUUGUACUGCUUACAAGUUAAUUAUUACGAAAGUCACCGAACUGUGGAAUCGCAUCAAAAAUUCGUAUAUCGACCACUCCCACAAACGUCUACGACCGCGCCUACAUAGUAUUGCAUGUUUACAAUUCUAACUUUAAACAACCAAUUACCAAGAACCUGAUUGGCUGUUCAAAAUUAGAAUUGUAAACAUGCAAAACUAUGUAGGCGCGGUCGUGGACGUUUGUGGGAGUGGUCGAUGUACGAAUUUUUUAUGCGAUUCCACAGUUCGGUGACUUUCGUAAUAUAUAUUUUGAUGAGCCAGAUUCAACAAAUUCUCGAUUCUUAAUUAUUUCCUUAUGGGGAAGAUUGUUUGGCGAUGAAGUUAUUUUAUUUUGUCUAUGAAAGGAAACUAGUAGGCGUUAAUGGGUUAAGAAGUCGAUCUGCUUACUUUUCAAAGGGCUUUUUUAACAAGCUUAUAGAAUAACAUUUGAAUGCCAAGAAUAACAUUUCGUGUAUAAUAAUGACAAUUAUUAUGUAGAUGCUUUACCCUCAUCCUUUCGGUGUUUUAUUUUAUAUUUUCUAUUAGUUAAUUUGCGAAUGCCGCACUUUUUCUUUUCAGAAGUGCUGACAUCAUGCAAACAAAUAUUGACGAGCUCUAGGUAAAACACAAAAUCUUAAUAUAAAUGUUAAUGUCCAGCAGAAAAUGACAGAAAUAACGUAAAAGAGCUGAACAAAAAUAUAGUUUAAAAUAUUUAUUAAAAAGCUAACGUUUCGUCUUUAACUUAAGACAUCUUCAGAGCAAUGACAUACAAAGCGGAAAACAUAGAAAUAUGAAUAAACUAUUUACAAGAUAUUAUAUUACAAAAGUAGAAAGAGGAGUGGAUCAGAGUAGAAGUAGAGGGGUACCGAACUGCCCUGUAAGUUGAGAGAAGAUUUGAGUUUGUUAAUGAGAAGACUCUCUCAACUUUUCUCGCUUAAUGCUCUGAAGAUAUCUUAAGUUAAAGACGAAACAUUAGCUAUCUAAUAAAUAUUAUUUUAAACUAUAUUUUUGUUAUGGCUCUUUUACGUAUUUUCUCCAGAUUACGAUUUCCGCUCGGGUCAUCUAUCGCAAGUAAAAUACACACAUAUAUCCUAUAUACAUACAUACAUACAUACAUACACACAUACAUACACAAACAUAUACACCACAAGGGUUCUAUUUCAUCACACUAGCCUCUCUCAACUUUUUAGAGUAAAAAGUAAGCUGGUUUACAGAAAGAGAGUAAUUGCUAUUAAUUCCUUAUAACUACAACAUCUACAAUUACCAUGCAUUAAUUAGGUUAUUUAUUAAACACUUUCAAAGGAAAUUGAACAAGAGAAGUUGGUAUACGUGAAAUAUAUACACGUACCUAUUUGGCAGUCUAUUUAAAAUCACAUAAAUUACAGUAUAAUAAAAUCUAUAUAUGGUUUCAGAAAGCGGCAGAUCGGCAAUGCGAUGUCUAAAUUGAUAAAGUGAGGUUCCAUUUCUUACCGCAGAUGGAAAAUUGUUCCACAACAUCGACCCGCUGAUCUAAAGCUUCGCUUGAGAAAAUUCGUUUUUGGUGUUGGUAGAGAUAUAUAGAUUAAAUCAUAUAAUACUUUUUGUUUGUGGGAACACCAUAUAAAUUUAUUACAGCAAAACUUUCGAUCCGUAAGCCCUGAUCUUCAUCGAUAUCAGUGCUAAUAAUGUGUGACUUGUUCAAAUCAGUUUCCAAAUUGCGUAAAUUGUAAACAGAAAUUAAGUUAGACAAUAUUUCGUUUAUCUUACAGCAACAAGGGAAAUGGUGUUUACCAAAUUAGUGUUGAAAAAAAUAAAUUUAUCGACGUGUACUGUCAAAUGACUAACGUCUCAGGAUGCUAUGGCGGCGGUUGGACAAUGGUGAUGAAGAUUGAUGGAAGCUUGGUAAGCGUGCGUGUAGAUUUAAUGAUUACUUCUGCUUUGUAUCUCACUGCUCUGAAGAUGUCUUAAGUAAAAGACGAAACGUUUGCUUUUUAGUAAAUGUUUUAAACUAUAUUUUUGCUAUGGCUCCUUUACGUAUUCUUUGCUGGGCAUUAAUAUUUAUCUUAAGUUUAAUGAUUAUGUAUCUGCGAAUCAGAAUGCAAAUAUACUUUGUACAGCGAUGCAAGUUUCCUGUAAACAAAUUCCAUGUUUUCGUCCGCGUUUGUUUGUUUGUGUGUGUGUUUAAAGUUUGUCUUGCUUUGCCCGGGAAAAUAAACCGAAUGUGCAAUUAGCCUAUUGUAUAAUUAAUGCACGAUAUAAUUUAUACAUAUUAAUAAAUCCGAUUGCGGAAAUAUGCAGGCUCAGAGUGUCCUCUAGUUUCUUAACAUAUUUGUUUUUAUAGAGUACUUUCAAAUACAAUUCCUCCCAUUGGACGAACAAAACAACUUACAAUGACACUGACUAUGGGCGAAACGGCGGUUUAGACAACGGACAAUAUAAAGGAUCGACUUACUCGACAACCUCAUUUGAAGAAAUUUGUGUCGGUAUGAAAUAUGAUGGUAAUUUCAGAGCAUUCUCUUUCCGGUAUCCGGCAUCAUCAUUGUAUGAUUUGAUCGCAGACGGAAACUAUCGACAAACUGAUGUUAGUCGGAAGCAGUGGAAAGGUUUAAUCAAUGGAUCAUCCUUACAGGAGAAUUGCAAUAGACAAGGAUUCAACGUGCGAGGUGAUACCACGAACCCUGUACAUUAUAAAGUGACUGUAAAAGUUCGGUUGGGCAUUGUUGCAAACGAACAAAAUGAAUGUGAUACACCAGACUCUUUCUUAGGCCUGGGAGCUGGAGGUGAUCUGAAUCAUCUCAAGAUCGCGUGCGGGUCUGAUUCACAUACAUCUGCCAACGCCGCGGGUAAUAUUGCCCAGUGUAGUGCAGACAACGGAAACAAGAAUGCCAGAGCCAUGGCAUACAUUUUGGUUCGUUAA